CCCAGAUUGACUUGCGUUUUUUGUCUUUCCUCAUGGCAAAGAUGGCAAAGGCGGAAAAAGCGACAAAGACUGCGACAAAGACGACAAAGACAAAGACUAAAAAUAAAGAAAAAGGCGCUUCGGAUGAUAAAAGCAAUGCACUUGUCCGAUUCCCGAAACUGAUGCCCAAAUCGUCGUUGCAGGUCACCGAAUUGGAGCCGCAUCAAAUUUAUCUCAUUCACGAUUUUUUCACCGGCAAAGAAUGCGAACAGCUUAUCAGCUAUUUUGAUAUUCAUCUGCCUUUGCAGCAAGUGCCUACCAUUCCAAAGCCGGGCGAAGCAUUUCGAAGUAACGAUCGUCAGUCGUUUGUCAAUGAAGAGUUGGCACAACAGCUUUGGAAGGCGGGACUUCAACAAGCAUGUGAACACCCGGGUAUCACGACGGUGUCGUUGCCACGACGUCCGGCCGGGCUCAAUUCCAAUUUGAGGAUAUAUCGAUAUCGCCCACAGCAGCGGUUUGAAUGUCAUUAUGAUGACAGCGUGCAAGAUAAAACGACGGGCUUAUGGACGGAUUGGACCCUGCUGAUCUAUCUCAAUGGCGAUAUGAAAGGAGGUGAAACCGUCUUUUACAAAUCCGUGACCAAAAAGCGUAAAAGUGAUCCCAUCAUCGUACGACCGGAGCGUGGACUCGCUCUACUGCAUCGCCACGGACAGCAUUGUUUAUUACACGAAGCAUUGGAGGUCACUCAGGGAGCUAAAUGGGUGCUUCGAAGUGAUGUGCUCAUUGGCUGAAUCGGAUCUGCAUGCUUAUCGAUUCUCUUGCAGAAAAGCAUGAUGUGACAUGUAGAAUAAAACUAUUUGGAUCAAAAAAAGUAUUUCGCUUGCUGCUGCAGCUCAUCACGCUACUAUUCCCGUCGCAUGACACGUCUGACAGAUCGGUUUGAAGCAGGCAGCGAACACUGAACAAGAUAGACCGAAAUCAAGAAUGGUGUCAGGUUUAGAAAAAUACCAUUUGUUGUACGGGCCGAAUUCAUGAAAUUGGUCAAACGGUAAAAAUAAAUGAUACAGAAUGUGUUACCAGCAGGAAAAAAUGAGUUGAUCAAAAGAAAACAGCGAAGAGUGG